AUGGGGGAGGAGGUGAAAAAGCGCCCCAUCAUUGCUGGCAGAGAGAAAGGGCCAGGACCGGGUCGUUACGCUCUGCCACCAACUAUUGGUUUCAUCGGCCAUGACUUCACCAAGCCAACCAGCCCUGCUUACUCCUUCCACGGCAGAAUGAGCAACAACUUGUACGGUGUUGACUCCAGUCCUGGGCCUCAGUAUUACAUUGAUGCAAAAAUCACCCGUUUCGGCAGGGAUGGCAACCCCGCAUACUCCAUGUUGGGCAGAGUGAGAGGAUCAUCAAGGCAUUUCCAGACUCCUGGACCUGGGGCAUACAGCCCUGAGAAUGCUCCUCCAUGCAACACCCAGCGCAGACCCCCAUCCUACACUAUGGGCUCCCGCACUCGCUACCGUACCAUCGACUCAGUCCCUGCCCCCAACAAGUACUGUCUCCCUGCUCUCAUGGGCCCCCAGGUUCCCACCAAGCCAGCCAGUGCCAGCUACACCAUGUCAGGGCACUGCAAAUUAGGGGGUCCCUCAGAAGACCUGGCCAAGACCCCAGGCCCUGGUAGAUACAACAGUACAGAUCCAAGUGUCUACCUGCCCAGGCAACCAGCUUUCUCCAUGCUAGGUCGUCAUGGCUUUCCCAACGAUGCCACUCUGAAGCCUGGCCCUGGAACUCAUAAUCCUGAGAAGGUGACUGUCCACAAGCCCCGGGCUCCUGCCUUCUCUCUGGGCAUCAGACACUCCGAGUUUGUCACCCCACUGGUGGUCAAUGUAGCUGACUGAAAAGCACUUCUCACAACUAUGUUCCUCUGUCAUAUGGGACUAGGUUGGAUUCAUCUGCAAAACAAAGAACUUGAGAUGACAAUAGAGAACCAUUUCUACUGCUGUGCUGGCUUAAUAUUAAAUUAAAGACAUUUAGAUACACAACAAACUUCCACACAGAAAGUAAAGAAA